GUCUAACAGGCUAUAGAAGGAGAGAAAGGGGGAGGUUGGUACAGUAAAAAAGUGUGUGAAGUCAGCAGGAGCUCCACGGGGCGUGUCCCUGCACCGGCUCUUAGGGCAGAGUGGCGCGCGCUCGGGCUGCACUUCCACGCAUCACUGCCGCGUCGUGGUCACCCAUCCCGGAGCAGGACCAUGCCGUGCACGGCUUGAUUGUAGCCUAGAACAAAGACACAACAACUUUUUUAGAACUUUUCAAAAAAAAAGAAGAAAAAAAAAAGAUUUGAAGAUACAGCAGAUUUGUCAUGUGUGCACGCGGUUGGAUCUCGUCCGCGCGUGCGGGCUUCGUACUGCUGUGCGGUUAUUUCUCCAUCCUGUGCGGCGUGACGGUGAUGAUGAUGGUGAUGAUGAUGAUGGUGCAUCAAGCCGCGGCUGGCUGCAGGGACCGGGAGAGUCCCAACUGCUGCACCGGCAGAAACAACGACUGCUUCGAGCACACCGGGAGGAAGACGACGUGCUACUGCGACACGUACUGUCAGAGGACUGGAGACUGCUGCGAGGACUACCAGAGUGUCUGCCAAAUAUCUGCAGCCAUUGACUGUGUGGUGGGCUCAUGGGGUCUCUGGUCCUCAUGCACGUCUCCAUGCGGGGUGGGCAGCACCGAAAGAAGCCGCCAAGUGUCCGUCCCUCCUCGAAACGGAGGCACCCCCUGCCCGGACCUCAAACAGCGCCGAGGGUGCUUCGGAAACAACGAAAUAUGCAGCACAGCGAAAGAGGUGGCAAAGAUCCUUCCAGAUUCCUUCCAGAGGAACUUUAAGGACCCUUGGAGGAGGCCUCACAUGCUGAUAAAGGAGGCGAAGGCCAGCUACUGCGUGUAUUUGAGGGUGAAACAAGCAAGCGCGCCGUGCAAACUCCAACUGUGGACUGCUCAGCUGGUGAGAGAGAGGCUGGUGUGUGCCGAGUGCCAGAGUGACGCCAUGUCCAAGUCAGACCGAUGUGGAGGAGGCGGCUUUGAAGGCACCAGAACUUUCUGGGCAGCAGCUUCAGUCAUAGGCUGCCAUGGCUCGUGGGUGCGAGAGUCGUCGUCCGAAGGCUGCCGAUGUCCACCUUACUCUGUCCUCUUUGUGUGAUCGGCCACGGGGCACAUCACCACGUCGAAGGACCAGUAUGUCCACAAUCAGCUCCUGCAAAACUCUUGCAGGGCCUUGUCAGUCAAGCCCCCAGAUCCAGAAUCUCUGGAUGGAUGGCUUCACUCAAGGAGAUCAGCAGCAUCCUGCCACUUGUAUUCGUAUUUUUCAGCUCAUACUCGAUUGUACUGCAUUACUUAGUAUGCACGCAGCGACCCGUGCUUCAGUUUUGACUGCCACCUUGUUGUUACUUUCUUUCCUCCAAGCACAGCAAGCUUCAUAUGCAUUGUUACCUCUUCUGCUAUCUACCUCUAUAAACAACAUUGCGUAAUAUGCAAAAAAAAAAAAAAAGAUUUUGCUUUAUGCAUUUUCUACUCUUGAUCGUUACGUUUAUUGUAAUAUAGCUAUAUGUAUUUGUAUCCUCACCUUUUUUACAGUUUAAGGCCUGAUUGAAAGGUUUUUUUGUUUUGUUUUUACAAAUGGGACACAGAGUCUGGUUCUUUUUUUGUCCAUUUUAAACAGUUGAACCUCUAAAGUUGAUUUUCAAAGAAGCUACACCAGAAUCCACAGACUUUGACCUUGAUGAUGACCAUAGAACAAGAAAUGAACCUUAAGAGACGACGUAGAAAAGCGGUACACGCUGCUCAGUACAAUAUAGCUAAGUCGACACUUAUAGAAAAGAACAGAACAAAGUGCGAUAGUUUUAAGUGAAGACACCAGCAUGUGAGCAUGUCUGUCAUCAGUGGUCAUCAAGGGUGAGUACACCUUUUAUUGUUUAUUGGUUUUUAUUGAUUGGAAACUGUUAACUUCUUUUUACACGUGUAUGAUAACGUCAAAUAGUCAAAUGUAUGGCAUUUUUAUGACAAUAAUUUACCUUUAACUUUAACUUUAUAAGCAGUCAUCCUUUCUAUCUCCAUAUGCAUGCAUACAGAUUACAAUAUUUUCCUUUAAUAUUACAAUCUAGUCGUAUUAUCAUAUUGUCUCGAGCAAAAUGUAAACUUUUUGGCAAAAUUGAAUUUUAUUCAUAGUGUUAUAGUUUGUCCCAAAUGCUGUAUUGACCUGAAUAUAAGACAACCACUUUUUCAAGCUCUAUCUUUUGGAAGAUUAUUCUUUAUGACAAAAAUCAAAUACUUUUUUUUACAAUCAGUGAAAUAACGGUAUACAAAAUGUUUGUAUUUCAUAUCAUCCCUCCCCCUUUUGACAGGAUUAGGGUUAGGUACAGCGAGCCUCUGUUGGCGGCGGCAUCUCUCCAAGUCAUUGGGGUGUGCGUGAGUGCCAGUAAGAAAAGCUUCGACUCGCUUUGUUGUUUGGUACCACAUGUUGGGUUGCAUAUAUACAGUAUAUACAAAACCCAAAACCAGUGAAGUUGGCACGUUGUGUAAAUCGUAAAUAAAAACAGAAUACAUCCAUCCAUCCAUCCAUCUUCUUCCGCUUAUCCGAGGUCGGGUCGCGGGGGCAGCAGCCUAAGCAGGGAAUCCCAGACUUCCCUCUCCCCAGCCACUUCGUCCAGCUCUUCCCGGGGGAUCCCGAGGCGUUCCCAGGCCAGCCGGGAGACAUAGUCUUCCCAACGUGUCCUGGGUCUUCCCCAUGGACUCCUACUGGUCGGACGUGCCCUAAACACCUCCCUAGGGAGGCGUUCGGGUGGCAUCCUGACCAGAUGCCCGAACCACCUCAUCUGGCUCCUCUCGAUGUGGAGGAGCAGCGGCUUUACUUUGAGCUCCUCCCGGAUGACAGAGCUUCUCACCCUAUCUCUAAGGGAGAGCCCCGCCACCCGGUGGAGGAAACUCAUUUCGGCCGCUUGUACCCGGGAUCUUGUUCUUUCGGUCAUAAACCAAAGCUCAUGACCAUAGGUGAGGAUGGGAACGUAGAUCGACCGGUAAAUUGAGCGCUUUGCCUUACGGCUCAGCUCCUUCUUCACCACGGAUCGAUACACUGUCCGCAUUACUGAAGACGCCGUACCAAUCCGCCUGUCGAUCUCACGAUCCACUCUUCCCUCACUCGUGAACAAGACUCCGAGGUACUUGAACUCCUCCACAGAAUACAAUAAAUUGCAAAUCCUUUUCAACCUAUAUUCAAUUGAAUAGACUGCAAAGACAAGAUAUUUAACGUUCAAACUGGAAAACUUAGUUAUUUUUUGCAAAUAUUAGCUCAUUUGUAAUUUGAUGCCUGCAACAAAAGCUGGCACUAGUGGCAAAAAAGACUGACAAAGUUGAGGAAUGCACAUCAAACACUUAUUUGAAACAUCCCACAAGUGAACAGGGUAAAUGAGAACAGGUGGGUGCCAUGAUUGGGUAUGAAAGCAGCUUCUAUGAAAUGCUCAGUCAUUCACAAACAAGGAUGGGGCGAGGGUCACCACUUUGUGAACAAAUGCUUGAGCAAAUUGUUUAAGAACAACAUUUCUCAACCAGCAAGGAAUUUAGGGAUUUCACCAUCUACGGUCCGUAAUAUCAUCAAAAGGUUCAGAGAAUGUGGAAAAAUCACUGCACGUACGCAGCAAGGGUGAAAACCAACAUUGAAUGCCCGUGACCUUCGAUCCCUCAUGUGGUACUGCAUCAAAAACCGACAUCAGUGUGUAAAGGAUAUCACCACAUGGGCUGAGGAACACUUCAGAAAACCACUGUCAGUAACUACAGUCCGUCACUACAUAUGUAAGUGUAAGUUAAAACUCUACUAUGCAAAGCGAAAGCCAUUUAUCAACAACAUCCAAAAACGCCGCCGGCUUAGCUGGACCCGAGCUCAUCAAAAAUGGACUGAUGCAAAGUGUAAAGGUGUUCUGUGGUCUGACGAGUUCACAUUUUAAAUAGUUUUUAGAAACCGUGGAUAUUGUGUCUUCUGGACCAAAGAGGAAAAGAACCAUCCGGAUUGUUAUAUGCGCAAAGUUCAAAAGCUGUGAUGGUAUGGGGGUGUAUUAGUGCCCAAGGCAUGGGUAACUUACACAUCUGUGAAGGCACCAUUAAUGCUGUAAGGUACAUACAGGUUUUGGAGCAACAUAUGUUGCCAUACAAGCAACAUUAUCAUGGACACCCCUUCUUAUUUCAGCAAGACAAUGCCAAGCCAUGUUUUACAACAGUGUGGCUUCAUAGUGAAAGAGUGCGGGUACUAGACUGGCCUGCCUGUAGUCCAGACCUGUCUCCCAUUGAAAAUGUGUGGCGCAAUAUGAAGCUUAAAAUACCACAAUGGCGACCACGGACUGUUGAACAACUUAAGCUGUAUAUCAAGCAAGAAUGGGAAAUAAUUCCACCUGAAAAGCUUAAAAAAUUGCUCUCUUCAGUUCCCAAACGUUUACUGAGUGUUGUUAAAAGGAAAGGCCAUGUAACACAGUGGUAAAAAUGUCCCUGUGCCAACUUUUUUGCAAUGUGUUGCUGCCAUUAAAUUCUAAUUUAAUGAUUAUUUGCAAACAUUUUUUUACGUUUCUCAGUUUGAACAUUAAAUAUUUUGUCUUGCUGUCUAUUCAAUUGAAUAUAAGUUGAAAAGGGUUAGCAAAUCAUUGUAUUCUGUUUUUAUUUACGAAUUACACAUCGUGCCGACUUCACUGGUUUUGGGUUUUGUAAAUGAAUUAUGUUAAAAGACCUGUUCUGUUUUUAAGACAUUUUAUCUUCGAAAAAAAUAUGACAUUUAGGUCAAUACAGUACUUCUCAAAAGUUAGGUUUGAGAACACGUUUUGUUUUCAUAUCGGCGGUAACUUCUUUUUACACUUGUUGAUUGUUAAAACUUUACUUACAAAUACAUGUCUGUACAGUUAAUCCAAUUUUUAUGAUGGCAACAGUUUGACCCUGAAAUAAGUUGUUUUUUAAUAACAUUAUUGCCCAUGACAAAAUGUUGUUUCAAACAACCAAAUAUUCGACCUUAGAGGUUCCAUAAGUGUUUCCGUUCAGUUAAAUCCCAUUAUCAGGUAUGAGUGACUACUCAGGUGCUUAAAGUAGAUUUAUUUAGUCUUGGCUAAAAUAAAUCCAACGACUUUUUAGGCAGAAUCUCGUAGGAGUGGGAAAAAAAGCCAUUUAACAACAUGUCAACAUCCUUAAAGAAUUUUCCCUCCCUUCCUCAUUAGACAUUCAGUUACCUUCACAUGGGGAUUUUAUCAGUCAUCCCCCUCUUUUUUUCUACCUUUUUACUCCCAGUUUGUAUUCAUUAAUGGCCCAAAAAGGUCAGACACAGCACUUCUUCAUGUGUGUUUCUUCCUGCCAAAAAACAGCAGAUUAACGUAACAUUCUUGACUUGGACAACACAGCUCAUUCAAGCGCACGAAUCCCAGAUACCACACACACAUACCAGAACGUUCCUUUAGGUGCCUAAGCCGUGACUUGUUAUUCCCCUCCCAACCACAUGUUUGUGUUUGUGUGUAUUUAUUAUUAAACAUUGCAUUUAUUAGUGCCGCGCAUUAUCCUCAUGUACACACUCUCCAUUAGUGAAAAAAUAAACUAUUUUAUU